GUUUUUUUUUAACGUGAAGACAACAUUCACAUCUGAAAACACCUCAGUCAUUUAACCGAGAGAAGAGAUUUCAAAAUAUAUUAUAACUUAGCACCACGAUGGCGUAUCGGCUUUUGAGGAAGUGGACACUGGCCGCUUGCACUGUGGUCCUCGUGUGGAUUUCUGUGGUUUACCUUUACGGGGAAUUUCGGUUCAUAGCACAAAGAUUUCACACAGUUGGUGACCAGGUCCAUGCUGGGGUCGGGUAUGCCUGGAGAGAUAUCCAGCUGUAUUCGAGCCGUUCUGUGGGUGAGCGACACUCAGUGGACGGACUGACAAUUGUGGAAGUUGAUAAAAAGCAAGUUUACGAAAAUGUCAGUUACCCCCCUUUUAUUGAAUUCGGGAAGCCGGGUGACCCAGGUUAGUAGCUUUGCUGUUGUUUUUAUGGUUGAUCUUGCUAUCGUUGUUGAUUGUUGAUACCAUUCUGUAAUUGGAAUAAUAUUUUUUUUUUUUAAUUUUUGAGUGUGGCUCGUGCUAUUUUUUUGUAUGAUUUGAUUGGCUCGUAAUAAACGUCAUUUGCUGAGACCGAAAUUCACUCUAUAAGAACUUAAUAUUUAAAAAAAAAAUGAAUGGCUAAAAAAAAAGAAUUGUUUAUUUUGUUUUAGUAGCGGCAAGGAGAGAGAGAGAGCUUAUGACUAUUAUUGCUCACACCGACAAUGAUUCUAUUUUAAACAUACUUUGUUUUAAUAGCGGCAAGGAGACAGAGAGAGCUUAUGACUAUUAUUGCUCACACCGACAAUGAUUCUAUUUUAAACAUACUUUGUUUUAAUAGCGGCAAGGAGACAGAGAGAGCUUAUGACUAUUAUUGCUCACACCGACAAUGAUUCUAUUUUAAACAUACUUUGUUUUAAUCCGGUAAAAUAAAGUGACAAUUUUGGUGCUACUAAUAGGUAAAACGGGUCGAAUGGUGAUUCUAACAACAAAUGAGUCAAAUGUAUGCUUCUAACAGGUGAAAUAGGUCAAAUUUGUGCUACGAAUAAUUGAAAUAGGUCAAAUUUGUGAUACCAACUGGUGAAAAGGGUAACUUUAUUGCUAAGAUCUGGUGAAAUGGGUCAAAUUUGUGCUACUAACAGGUGAAAUGGGUCAAAUUUGUGCUACUAACAGGUGAAAUGGGUCAAAUUUGAGCUACUAACAGGUGAAAUGGGUCAAAUUUGUGCUACUAACAGGUGAAAUGGGUCAAAUUUGUGCUACUAACAGGUGAAAUGGGUCAACCUUAUGAGGGUGGCCGAUGGAGAAAUUUUUCGUCUGAGGAAGAUAAGCUGAACUUAGUGGACACCAAACGUCACCAUUUCAGGGAGUACAUCAGCAGAGACAUCGCGGUACACAGAUCCCUCCCAGACCUGAGACCUUCAGGGUGAGUACUUACCUCAACAUCUGUAGUGUCCUCCAGAGACUUGAGACCUUCAGGGUGAGUACUUACCUCAACAUGUGUAGUGUCCCUCACAGACUUGAGACCUUUAGGGUAAGUACUUACCACAACAUGUGUAGUGUCCCCACGAGACUUGAGACCGUCAGGGUAAGUUCUUACCUAAACAUGUGUAGUGUCCCUCACAGACUUGAGACCUUCAGGGUGAGUACUUACCUAAACAUGUGUAGUGUCCCCCGAGACUUGAGACCUCCAGGGUGAGUACUUACCUCAACAUGUGUAGUGUCCCUACCAGACUUGAGACCUCCAGGGUGAGUACUUACUAGAAAAUGUACUGACGUAAGAGACUGUUAACAUGUUCAUUUCAAAGAGAACACAAACACACACAAGGACACACACACACAAAUAACACUUUAUAUUUCAAAUAGUGUCAGUGCGUGUUUAUCAAAUGUUGAGGUUGUUAUUUUUGUAUAAUGUAAUGCAGUCAUUAAAUUGUUCAAUCAUGCAUAUCUGACAAUUAGAUGCAAGGAGAGUUAUCCUCCCUUGCCCCCAGCCUCAGUUCUGAUCGUGUUCUACAACGAGGCCUGGACGACGUUGCUCAGGACUAUUCAUAGCAUCAUAGACAGGUCGCCGCCCCACCUUUUGGAGGAGAUCAUUCUUCUGGACGAUUACUCGGACCUAGGUCAGUAAUACAGGCCUUUUAAAUUGGUGGAAUUCUUGAACCUACGUCAGUAACACAUUUAAUUGGUGGAAUUCUCAACUCUAAUUCACUUACAUAUUUAGAUGAAACGUUUUGAACUGAAGUUUGACUAGUUCAGUGGUGCACGUAAGUUUUCUCAAAACUUGGUCAGAAUGAGAUUUUAAAAAUUAAAAAAAGGUCUUAAAUCAAGUCUCUAAGUUUGACAAAUAUUGUUCCAUAUCGACAUCUUAAUAUUUAAGCCAACGUUAGUAAGCCGCUGCGUACAGUGGACAAAGAUUGCACGAUUUAAUACAUUUAUACUUUGUACUUUCAAUAUUUUAAGAAAAACAACAACAACCUAUUAAAGCAUUCGGGGUUUAGUAAGAAUUUAAAAGCGUUUAAAAAGUCGCACAGGUUUGAGAUAAUUGCUCUGUUUAAACGCCUAGUCACAACUAAUAUAUUUGAUCAUUCAUGUUGCAUUUGAUAUUUCUCUAUAAGCUCUUUCAGCAACCGAUUUUUAUGUUUUAAAAAAUCAUCUUUCAUUUAUCUUCAAGACGCACGAAGAAUUUGUAAACUUCACGCACGUAAAACAGUGGCGUCGCUCGGGUCGGUGCCACCCUGGGCGGACCGCAACCUCCGCACCCCCUUUCCUAAGCCAUUGCACGUAAGCCUGACAUCAAUAUAAUAUAUUGUUAUCUUCUAAUAAUGUGUCUCUCUCCCCCACACCAGACCACCUGAAGCAGCCGUUGGAGGCGUACAUCAAACCACUGGAGAAGGUCCGCCUGUAUAGGACGACUGAACGCUUGGGGCUGAUCAGAGCCAGGAAUGUUGUGUUUGAGCUCGCCAGGGCGAAGAUUGUCGUCUUCUUUGAUUCGCACGUCGAAUGUCUUAAUGGUAAUACUUAAUAUUCAUUAUCUAGACAGCAGCGCCUUGGUGGCAAGAAAGCACGGUAGAGAUUGUAGGAUAAUGCUGUCAAGCGAUUGUAAAAUGAUACUCUUCAUUCGUUUUGGUUUUGAUAAAAUGUAGCCCUUGAUCUGUGGGGCUGCUCCCCUUGCGGAGGCCGCCUUGGUUUGUCGGAAUGCACUUGGCUGGUCCGAAUGCCAAUGGAUAACCCGAAUGCCCUUGGCUGGUUGGAAUGCCCUUGGCUCUUUCCAAGAACCACUAUAACCCCGUGUGUACUCCGUUACGCUACUUUUCUCACAAUAGUGAGAGAAAAUACCAGACAGCUCGAGGGUAAUCCGACCGGCGAGCCAUCUUUGGGAUUUAGACAAUUAUUUGAUUCAUUGCCAGUUUCCAUGCUUUCGGAAGGAUGCCUGUGGUCAAGCCUUUGUUGAUUAAGGUUUAAAAGCGUCUGUCUCACUUUGACUCCCAAAUGAGUAAGCAGCUCAUGGCAGACCUUAUCAGAGCCUGGUGCUUUUCCCGUUCUGCACUUUCAUAGAGCCGUUUGCAAUUCCCCAAUCGUAAAGGGAACUGGCGAUACCUCUAGGUGAGGGUCCAUUACCUGGGCAGAAGCUCCUACCUUUCGGAGGGUAUUCAAUGGUCCAGCUGUCUUCAGUGUCUCUGACAUUAUUUGUUGACCUCUGCGAAGUGUUAAUUAAGCGCCCGUGCGCACUUGCCACAACUAGGUACUGUGCCGUCGUCGCACAGCUAGGUACUGUGCCGUUGCACAGCUGGGUACUGUGUUGUCGAAAAGCUGGGUACUGUUCCGUCGCACAACUAGGUACUGUGCCGUCGCACAGCUGUGUACUGUGCCGUCGUCGCACAACUAGGUACUGUGCCGUUGCACAGCUGGGUACUUGCACCAGCCUGUCGAAAAGCUGGGUACUGUUCCGUUUCACAGCUGGGUACUGUGCCGUCGCACAGCUGGGUAUUUCACCAGUCUUUCCCUUAGACCCUUAUGACAGAGGCAUUGACUUAGACGCAGGCUCCACGUUAAGUUUAGUUAUACUUCACAUGAUAUGCUGAGGGUCAAGGACAGUUUUGCCCCCCCCCCCCAAUCCCUUUCCCCAUCUUAGGUCUCAGGUUUUGCGUCACCUUGUUGGUCUUUGACUGGGCCCUAUACGGGUCCAAAUUUACAGAUAAGAAGAGACCAGAACCUUUGCAAGCCUAAAUUAGAAUAAACAAUAGGGAAGAGGGGCUUUCUUCUUUGAACUUAAAAAGUAAAAAAAAAAGAUGAUAUAUUAUUAAAUAAAAUAAAGAAGAGGUUUUAUGACGUGGGGUCAAGUUUCAUUUUUUUUUAAAUGUACAUCUAUUUUCAGGUCAUCCUUUGAUCCCAUAAUUCAACAAUUUGCCAACUAUUUCCACUUUCUCUUAUUACUUAUCUGGCUACUCGAUGUAAAACGCUCCUGAUCAGUUCGCAAAUAAAAAUCACGUUUUGUUCUAAGUUUUCAGACUGUGAUUAUUUACAUUCGCACAUGCACUGACACACACAUAAUAUACAUACACAUACACGCUCACAUACAUACAUACAUACAUACAUACAUACAUACAUACAUACAUACAUACAUACAUGCAUACAUACAUACAUACAUACAUACAUACAUACAUACAUACAUACAUACAUACAUACAUACAUACAUACAUACAUACAUACAUACAUACAUACAUACAUACAUACAUACAUACAUACAUACAUACAUAUAUAUAUAUAUACAUAUAUAUAUUAUAUACUGUUCCAAACAAAGUGUGGGAAACCAGGCACGAUACGCAAUAUUCCUGUUUUCUCAUAAAAUAUAUAGAUAGCUUUUUGGAAAUGGCCUUUGCCCGUGGUUUCGAUCGCCUGCCUUCAAUCUAUUCAUCGGCACCCUCCCCCACCCCCCCCCCCCCCCCCCCCCAAUCAUUACUACGGUAGAUUUGACCAGCAUUUAUUUCCAAAGGCGAUGAUCCGCGGACAAUAAGCGGUACGCAAGCCUGACGUCAGCUGUCGCCACAACAUAAGACAAGAAGCGGCCUAUAAGUUCAAUGGUUGGAUAUCCAGAUUACACCAUAAUUCGGCUAGCUCUCAAUGAUAAAUGGAAAUGUUUAACCAAGUCCUCUCGAACUCGGUGGACGCGGAGUAAAAAGCCAAAUUGAUGACACAUUUAGGAUCAAGUUAAAAAGACCUUUUUUUAAAAAAAAAAUUGCUGAAUCUGGCAACAGAUCCCUAACGCAAGGGGAAACGACGAAAUUCACGGGUCCGGCUAACAUUGAAGUUUAAGCAUUGCACAAUAGAGAAAUCCGACUGCAACGCCGGCCCUGGUCGCAUGACGCAUCCUUCAGGUUUAUUUGCUCACUCGUCUUGCCAACACGUCCCGUUGUCUUUGCGUCCGUGCGUUAACCAAUCCUAGUUUACUCCCAAAAAAAUCAACAAAACUCAUUUGUGUCAAACCGAAAAUUAAUAUACCCCCAUCGCCUUCUCUUAUCCAGGAUGGCUGGAGCCGCUCUUGGAACCCAUCCACAACAACAGCAGGACCGUUACGCUGCCCACCAUUUUAACGAUCAAGUGGACGACCUUUGAGCUGAAAUCGGAUAAAAUGGACAACUACAUAGCGGGACUCGACCUGGAAGUUUUUGUAAUGGACUAUUUUCACCGACGAAACAUCACGUCCUUCAAGGAAGCCGGCUUUAUACAGUAAGUUAAAUUUGUAUUAAUACAGAAUCAGGGUUUCCAAAUCAUUACUCUAAAACUAGCAGAGGCGCCGCUAUCGGUGGUAUUUAUUGCUCCAACGGGGGGCGUCACUUUGGUCCUAUAAAUUAACAUUCAAAACAAUGUUCUCGUGUCAUGAGAAAAUCGAAUUUACGCACCGCGUACAGGAAAGACGAUCAUUUGUGGUACACCAAUGAGAACUUAAAUUCAACGUUCGUGACCAACCAGCUCACUUAUCAAAAAUCAUGAAUUUUAAAAUUUAUAUAGUGCAUAUAAGGGAAAAAAAUACGCAUUUUACCAAGGAGGAUCUCCGGCUCCAGGCAGUUCUUACGGUCAUAGAUGCUUUUCUUCUACCCCACACAUUCACAGAAAGAAAUAUAUCAAACAACAUUUCACGAAUUCCUUCAUAAUUGCCGACAUGCCACCACUGAGGCACACACCAUCCAAUUGCCGCAAUAUGGAUUUACAGAAAAUUAUUAUAAAAAUUCGCAAUUUUUAUAACAAGAUAUAUUUCUUUCGGAAACAUUUUUAACAAAACUUUUGAGCGAAACCAAAUUACAAUAUCCGUGGUUUAAGAGUAUGUCUUUGCCAAACACACAAGUCCCUGUUCAUUGACACAAAAUCGUAUUGUUAGCCUUUGUUUACUGUAUGUUAUGAUAUGAUUUGAUAUGAUAUUUAUAUCGCGCUGGUAUCCAUGCCACUUUAUCCUGCUCACUGCGCUCUGGUCGUCCGAAAUCUAUUUAAACAAACAAAUUUUUAAUUUUUUCUUAAAUGAUUUUUUUUAUCAUUUACAAUUCCUCUCAAAGACUGAGCCAAACUGUUCCAUAAUUUUGGCGCUAUCGCUUCAAAAGAGCGCACUCCGUAAGACUUUUUUCUGCGCCUUAAUCCACACUAGGAACACCCAGUUAGUACUGUGAUGAAGAUGGGCUCUUCAAUGGUACGUUUGUAUGGAUUACUCAUCAGCGUUGUUGAUAUUCCCCCUUUUCAAUCUCAAUAACACCAAAAUUUGACGCUAAAAACUUUUUAAUUACUUUUAUAUUUGUUGUUGUUAUUGUUGCUGUCGCUAUUGUGUUAUUAUUUUUUAUUUGUUAUCUUAUCAUCGGGAGAAGGUUGUGCCCGUUUCGCAUACGUCAUCGUGCCGUUGAAUGUCUCCAGAUAUCCGACGAUGCCCGGCGGGCUGUACGCCAUAUCACGUGACUGGUUUAAGACAUUAGGCAAGUACGACCCCGGCCUGCAGUACUGGGGAGGGGAGAAUAUUGAAAUAUCCUUCAAGGUAAAUAUACACUUUUAUUUUCUUGAAGGAAUUAAGUUACCCCCCCCCCGGCCAAAUGUCCUCACACACAAAUAGCAAACGUUAAUUCAACUUUAAAUUUACAAAGGAUUUAUCAACAACAACAACAAAAAAUUCAAUUGAAAAGAAUAUUUUUUUUUAAAUACAAGCCAAAAUAUGGCGGUCGUAAUUCGUGAACUAAAUUUACUAAAUUUAUUGGACAAAUCACUCAUUCAAGUAACGCACUAUAUAUAUGAUUCCCAAUUAGUGAUAACCCCCUAACCCCCCCCCCCACCCUUGCACGCCACCGCCCCAGAACUAUAUUAUUAUUAUUAUAAUGUCCCAAGGCUCUUUUACCCAGCAGAUUUAUUACUAUUGGACAUAUCACUCAUUCAAGUAACGCACUAUAUAUAUGAUUCCCAAUUAGUGAUAACCCCCUAACCCCCCCCCCACCCUUGCACGCCACCGCCCCAGAACUAUAUUAUUAUUAUUAUAAUGUCCCAAGGCUCUUUUACCCAGCAGAUUUAUUACAUGAUGUUAAAUUGUGAUAUAGAUUAAAGGCUGCGACUAUUCGCACUCGGGUACCAGAAGUGAGAGGUUGGGAUAAAAAACUAUUAAAAAUAUUAUUUUUGGGUGUUGAGUCCCAUAUGACCUGGGUCCGAAUGGUGGCGAUGCGUGUCUGGGUCACAUUUUGACUCAGUGCUAUUCGGAUAUCAUUUGUGGUAGUUUAUUUUAGUUGUACUGAAGAAGUAAGUUCACAAACAUAUGGGCCAUUCAAUUAUCUUUCAUUUGAUACCUCAUUUUGUCUUACGAACUCAACAAUAAUAUUUUAAAUAGUGUUUUAAUCCCAACCUCUAACUUCCGGUACCCGGGUGCAAAUAGCCACUGCGUAGAUUAAAUAUCUACUUUGACUUUGGGAGUUGACAAAAUUGUUUUAUGAAAGAAAAAUCUAACAAGUACCUCCAAAUAAAGAGAAACAACACAAAUGAAAUAUAAAUUUGAUAGCGGCCCAUACUACAACGUACUACGAAACAAUCACGACGCUUCUCAAGUCAUGGCUGUGCUGUUAAUAUCUCGUUUAUUAUUGCGACGCCGGGUACGCCCCUUCGAAUCCAACUGCUAGAGAGGGGGGAAGGGAAACAAGGUUAACUCAGCUUUAACCACACACACACAAACGCUACCACAAACGCGAGAGCACGCACACACAAAAACGAACACGCUUACACACACUCACGCACACACACACAAACACAUACACACCACAUAUCACUUUUACCAAUUCCAUUGUAUAAAUUUGUUUAAUUUUUUUUUUUCGGCCUAUUCUGUAAAAUCAGUCAGUCCAAUGUCAACAACAAAUUUGCAUGGCUCUAAGCUGCUUAGGCUCCAAAAAUACAUGAAUGGCUCUAAAUUUAUAAAGUAAAAUAAAUUUCUUUUCAACCACCCCCCCCCCCCGCACCCCCCAUGCUUUUUUUUUCAUUCCGGGCAACAACCGAUCAGAUAAACAUGACCUUGACCCUUCCAUUUCUCCGUCAGAUCUGGAUGUGCGGUGGGUCACUCAUCGUGACCACAUGCUCACGGGUGGGUCACGUGUACAGGCUUCACAACCCGACCCUCCCCGAGGGGUUCAACCUCGCCCUCAACCCCGUGAGGGUGGCCGAGGUCUGGAUGGACGAGUACAAGCACUUCUACUACGAGAAGAUCGCCUAUAACAUCGUAUGUAGCCCUGGACGGGUUUUGUCUUCCCCUGUUGUGUUCAAAUUGUGCUCAUCGAUGAGGGGCCGGCCGAAUUUCGGUUUUCAGGGCCGUAAGUUGCCAUGCCAUCAUCUUCGGCGUAUUUCGGUUUCGAGAGAAACCCAAAAAAAAAUUAACUAACUUUCGGUUGAUUUUUCGGUUUCGGCCGAAAGGGGUUUAGGCUUUCGGUCAUCUUCCAGACGUCAGACUGUCAUUCUGUCUGUCUUUUGGGGCCGGCAAGCUUAUGUUCAUUAUUGUUCGACGUCUUGCUGUCAUGGUAUAAUAUACGGUUAAUCCUCCGCGAACACGUCUCACAGCUGCAUGAGGACCAAUUUGUCCUAUAUUUACAAAAAUAGAAUUACAAUUAGACUUAGGCAAAGGUAACACUUUUUUUUUUUUAAUCUAAGGUAAUACUUAUUUUUUUUUUUUAAAUAAAAUUUGGGGACCCUAUAGGUUUAUUCAAAUCAUUCAUGCGUGACAUGUACGCCCAUUUAUCAUAUUGCAUCCUCAUAAAUGGUGUCAUUGGCAAAGGUAAACAGCAUUGUGAACAAUAAUCGAAGGGAUUGAAAACCUUUCCAUUAUUAUUUUUGCUAUUAAAAUUCUUUUAAAAUAAAAAUGAGGUAACGCUAGGCUCAAUCAAUUUAUUCAUUGAAAUUCAUCAUUACCGUGCUCUUAAAUUUUGAGAAAUACAAUUUUAAAAUUUUUGUGCUGGGCGAUAUAUGUCUUGCGAUAUCCGGCUCAGCCCGAUUGUCAUUUUAAACAUUUGGUCAGUCUCUCAUCAGUGAUGUUAAAGAUCGGGUGAAAUAGUAUGGGGGAGUUUUUACAAAAGGCGAAGUAUAUUUCAUCAAGGUUUUUUUUAUAUAUCUUUUUUUUUUUCUUUUUUUUUAAAAUUUUUUUUUUUUGUGUGGUAAUUUUCGUUCUGUUUUUUAUUUAUUUUUUUAAACGAAAAGAAGACAACGCAAAAUGUAAUUUGGACUGAAUACUUAAUGCAAUUUUUAAAAAAAAACAUUAAAAAAUUAACACUAUCCGUUAAAUAACGAAAAAAAUUACUAAAAUUAAAUUAAUAUUAUAGAGUUGUCUAUAGUGUUAUGCCUCUUGUGCUAAAUCGAUAUGAUUUGCGUCCACAUCAUUAUGCUUUGUGUGUCGACUUGUAUGUUUGACCUCAGUCAGAUUCCGGCGAUGUCAGCGAGAGGAAGAAGCUAAGGGCGUCGUUGAACUGCAACAACUUUGACUGGUACCUGAGCAACGUGUACCCCGAGCUGAGAAAGUCCUGGAACACAUCGGAUCUCUUCGUUGGCCAGGUAAGUCAUUAUCUUUUAUUUAUUUUUGGAUGCAGAAGUUACGAGCUCUUUUUAAUCCGUUGUCACCUUUGGGGGGGGGGGGGGGGGGGGCCUUUGAUAACUACGCCGUGAAGCCAGCUGUGGCCAUUGCUUACUUCAGCUCGGUAGUCUUGCCUAAAUCACGUCUUCUCUUAUCGUUUGGUAUAUGCAACAAAACAAAAAACAACAACAAUAUAUGCCUAAAACAUAUUCUUGAAUAAACAUAGCGUAAAUUAUAUAAUAAAGCUUAUAUACAGGGUGGCCAAGAAAAUGUGAUAACAUCUCUUACAAUGUAAUAUAAUUGCAUCGACAUUUGUUAACUGUAUACAUUUACUGAUGUACUUAUGUACCUGUAUAACUGAAUGAUGUCUUUAUCAUGACAAUUUCCGGUGGCCAUAAAUGAAAACAUUUUUUUUUUAUUUAUUCAAUGAUAUCAAAUAACCCUUUGCUAUGAGAUGUUCUCACUUUUCGGGGGGCCAGCCUGGUAGAGCAAAACUUGCAAUAAACCAUUAAAAUGAUCAGUAUCUAGUAAAUCGCGUAUUCGGAAAUGUGUUUGAAAGAAAUUUCGUCGACGGAAAAUUAAUAGACGGAAAUUUGAUCGAACGGAAGUUUGGUCGAAUCUGUCUUCUUUUUUUUUUUUUUUUUUUUUUUUUUUUUUUUUUUUUUUUUUGUUGUCAGUUCACACGUUCAAAUUUUCGUCAAAUUACUUUUUGAACGCACUGUACAAUAUAGUAAAACAAAACAACGCGAUCAAAAAGAAAUUUGACGCAAAAUUUUAAACGUGUGAACUGGCAAAAAAGAUUCGACCAAACCUCAGUUCGAUCUAAGUCCCGUCGAUCAAUGUUUACGUCGACGAAAUUUCUUUCAAACAAAUUUCCGGUAACCAUUUAAUCCCUAUACAUGAUCUCAUACACAUUAUAAAGAGAAGUUUUUUGGUCUCAAACAAAGUGGGAAAGUAGUAGCGGACUUCAACGAUGUUUCAUGAAAUUUGUAUACAUAAAAAAAAAAUGUAAAAGGUAAACAAACGAAAAAAAAUAAACGAAUUGAGUCCCGUCAGCAUUACGAUCUAUUCCCUGAAUCUCCUGCUGCUCCACAGAUAAGAAAUGAAGCUCAGAAUGUGUGCAUUGAUCGCCUGGGCUACUCAACUACCGUGUCUCUUUCUGCUUGCAAAUACAGAUAUAUAAACCAGGUAAAAAAAAAAAUUUAAUUAAAAGAUUUUAAAAAGAUGCCUCUUUCGGAAUGUAUCCUUCCGCUUGCCUCGCAUGCCCGGUAUUCCUGUACUCCCAGGCUUUUAUGGAGCACCUUUUCAUCUGGUGUUCAAGGGAUAUAAAGGAAUACUAAAUUUAAUUAUACUAUGUACUCUAAUAUAAAAAUUCAAGAUCAGAUAUACUGAAAUAAUAUAUCUUUUAACUUACAGCACAGAAAAAAAGUAAAAUUAUUACAGAAUUACUAAUUAUAUACCCCCAACACACACGCUAGGUGAAAAAGCUAGAAAGACGGGUAUGGUCUCUUGCCCUGUAUCUCUGUGUAAGUCUCGUAGGUCUGCCGGUCACAGUCGACCGCCUUAUUUAAAGUGAAGGCGUCAAAACCCCCCUCAAAAUAAAUGCUAUUAAAUUCAAUCGCCAGAGAGUAUUUCUCUCUCAUUGUAGUAUAAAUGUAGACCCUCUUGAAAACGUAAACAAACUUUCCCAACCAAUGACUGGGGGCGGGGGGGGGGCGCGGGGAGGAGCUCAGCAUGCCUCAUGUGUCAUCAACUUAAUUUAUGACAUCACUGAGAAAAGCAAAGGGCAAUAUAAGGGAUGGAUGCCAUAACUGGACAACACGCAGGAGGAAAAAAAAACCUAGGUUAACACACAGUUAUAUUUCACCAAAACAUAAUAAGAUGAAAUUUCACAAAAUCCUAUGCGGCAUUAUACGAAAACAGGUGGGACAUUUCAUGAAAUCAUGUGCGACAUUUAACAGCGGCACGUGUGGCAUUUCAGGAGUGGCGUCUCACGGCUGACAAGCACAUAGCAUCCAUCUUGCAUCAUUUCGUCCUCUUGACCCUCGAGCACCCCAUGAAACUAAAUAACGGGACAGUCUACAGGCUCCGGAUAGGACACAAGAAUUCCUGGAGGAGAGACGUGAUACCAGCUACCUGGGACUAUAAUAAAGUACGGUCCUUUUAACUAUAAUAAAGUACGGUACUUCUAACUAUAAUAAAGUACGGUACUUCUAACUAUAAUAAAGUACGGUACUUCUAACUAUAAUAAUGUACGGUAAUUUUAACAAUAUAAAAGUAUGGUUCUUUUAACAAUAUAAAAGGAUGGUACUUUUAACUAAAUAAAGGGAUGGUACUUUUAACUGUAUAAAAGUAUGGUACUUUUAACUAUAUUAAAGUAUGGUUUUGUUAAUUGUUAAUUUUGUUUUCUUCAGUAAGCUGUCCUCUAAAUAUUUUAUAAUUUUUAACACAUAGUUGUCACAUUCUUCAGCUCAAUUUUAAAUUUUAAUUAAUUACGUUUUUGUCAAUGUUUUGUUAAUUUAAUUUUUUUUUCUGAUAGGAAAAGCUGUUGGUGAACCGUGAGACGGGACUUUGUUUGGAGGCCAACAUUAAUGACCGCCUGUGUGUGCUGGCCACGUGCCAGGCAGGCCUUGACCAACAGACCUGGAAUCUGACCACGAGGGCAGAGAAGAGGAUGCUGUUGAAAUCGAUAGGGGUUCCAAUAGACUGGAGUGUUUAAAGUUCCCAUAGACUGGAUUGUUUAAUGUGCCAAUAGACUGGAGUGUUUAAAGUUCCAAUAUACUGGAUUGUUUAAUGUGCCGAUAGACUGGAGUGUUUCAAGUUCCAAUAGACUGGAUUGUUUAACGUACAAGUAGACUGGAUUGUUUAAUGUGCCAAUAGACUGGAGUGUUUAAAGUUCCAAUAUACUGGAUUGUUUAAUGUGCCGAUAGACUGGAGUGUUUCAAGUUCCAAUAGACUGGAUUGUUUAACGUACAAGUAGACUGGAGUGUUUAAAGUUCCAAUAGACUGGAGUCAAUAACGUACCAAUUAGAGACCGACCGAAAGUGAUUUUCUGAUUUCGGCCGAAGCCGAGAAUAGGCCGAAAGUUUAAAAAUGACUUUCGGCCGAAACCGAAAAAAUAUCGAAAGUUUAAAAAUGACAUUCGGCCGAAACCGAAAAAAAUAUCGAAAGUUUAAAAAUGACAUUCGGCCGAAACCGACAAAAUACCGAAAGUUAAAAAUGACUUCUCCGCACAACUGAACUUGUCCAAGGGCUGUUAGUACCAACUGCGGCGACUACGAUUGUUAAUGUCCCCGUGUGUUUCCAACACUCCUCUCUUUCACCCAUUGACUACCCAGCUUGUGGUAGUUAUUUGCAUUAGAUGAAAUAUGCUUAAUGGAAAUUGAUUCUUAUUUUAUAAAUCUUCUUUAAACCAGCUUUUCCUAAAAACAACAACCUCGGGUUACUUGUGAGUUUUUUUUUAAAGAUAUCAUCAUUUGUUAAGUAAUUCUUUUUUAAAAUACAUUUUGUGCGUGCUGAUCUUAGUUCGAAUUUGAACCACGUUCAGUUUCACCAGGAACUUUAUUUUUACCUGUGAUAAUGUGACCUGUACAUACACUUAAUAAUAACUUAAUAUCAAUAGCAAAUACACGUCUGAAAAACAAAGUGAGAGCAGAUUGUAUUAUAAACGUCGGUCAUCUACUUUUAGUAGUUAGCUUUUUUUUGACGCCAGUUUACGUCGACCCCACUAGGCACUGUGACCCGAGUAGUUAUUGUAUUCAUUAUAUAAACUGUGUGUUGAUUGAUUUGCUAUUAAGACAUCGUAGUGUACGAUUUUGAGACAAUGUUGUACGGUUUUAGGAGUUCAAGGGUAAACAGGUCUGCAAUAAACAAGAAAAUCUAGAUACAAUAAUUGAAAAUCGAAAAUGGUAAAUUAACGCUAUUUUAAAGAGGUAUAUUUUACCUUAGAGAUGCUUGGACGGAAGGCAAAUUUUAAGGCCAUUUAAAAUUUCAGGUUGAAGUAAUACGAAUUAUACAAAGGGUGGUGGAAAACCUGAAGAAGGACAACACCAGAAAGUGAAGGUUCCGGCCAAAAUGUCAUCGACAGCAACAACAACAACAAAACAGUUGGACACAAACACUCUUAGCUUGUUGUAUUGAUAUGUGUAGUCUGCAGCAAAUCAAAUAUGUAGGCGACAAAUUUAUAUCUUCUAUUCUAAGCUCGAAAUAAAUUCAAAUUAUUAUAUUUUCUGGAUAUUGUUCUAUACAAUUUAUAAGUUUUGAAUGUUACAAUUUAAAAAAAAAAAAUUUGUUACGAUAUUAUUUGUUUCCACCCAGAAGGUGUGUUGAGUUAUAUGAAGUAAUCCCCAC